AUGCGGCAGCUGUGCCGCCGGGGCCGCGUGCUGGGCAUCGCGGUGGCCAUCGCGCACGGGGUCUUCUCCGGCUCCCUCAACAUCCUGCUUAAGUUCCUCAUCAGCCGCUACCAGUUCUCCUUCUUGACCCUGGUGCAGUGCCUGACCAGCUCCACCGCGGCGCUGAGCCUGGAGCUGCUGCGGCGCCUGGGGUUCAUCGCGGUGCCCCCCUUCGGCCUGAACCUGGCUCGCUCCUUCGCGGGGGUCGCCGUGCUCUCCACGCUGCAGUCCAGCCUCACGCUUUGGUCCCUGCGCGGCCUCAGCCUACCCAUGUACGUGGUCUUCAAGCGUUGCCUGCCCCUGGUCACCAUGCUCAUCGGCGUCCUGGUGCUCAAGAACGGAGCGCCCUCGCCGGGGGUGCUCGCGGCCGUGCUCAUCACCACCUGCGGCGCAGCUCUGGCAGGAGCCGGUGACCUGACCGGCGACCCCAUCGGGUACGUCACCGGCGUGCUGGCGGUGCUGGUGCACGCCGCCUAUUUGGUGCUCAUUCAGAAGGCGAGCGCAGACACGGAGCACGGGCCGCUCACCGCGCAAUACGUCAUCGCCGUGUCCGCCACCCCGCUGCUGGUCGUCUUAUCCUUCGCCAGCACCGACUCGAUCCACGCCUGGACCUUCCCCGGCUGGAAGGACCCGGCCAUGGUGACCAUCUUCGUGGCGUGCAUCCUGAUCGGCUGUGCCAUGAACUUCACCACGCUGCACUGCACCUACAUCAACUCGGCGGUGACCACCAGCUUUGUGGGGGUGGUGAAGAGCAUCGCUACCAUCACUGUGGGUAUGGUGGCCUUCAGCGAUGUGGAGCCCACCUCUCUAUUCAUUGCUGGCGUCGUGGUGAACACCCUGGGCUCCAUCAUUUACUGUGCGGCCAAAUUUUUGGAAACUAGAAAGCAGAGCAACUACGAGGACCUGGAAACGCAGCCGGGGGGAGAGGAGGAGCAGCCAAGUGGAGAUCAGCUGCCGUUUGUCAUGGAGGAGCUGCCCGCAGAGGGUGGAAAUGGCGGGUCAGAAGGUGGGAAGGCAGCAGGUGGCUCCACUCAACCGGGUGGGCAAGAGGCUAGGGGCAGCCCCAGAGGGGUCUCGCUGAUGGCUAGGAGCUCGCAGAUCUCAGACAGCCCUGAAGAAGUGGGCAGGAGUUCAUUAAAGGAUGCUUACCUCGAAGUGUGGAGGUUAGUUAGGGGAGCCAAGUAUGUAAAGAAGGAUUAUUUGAUAGAAAAUGAGGAGUUACCCAGUCCUUGA